UGUGUGAGGGGGCGGGGCUAAAAGCGAACCUAAACAAAGUCGUCCUCUUGCCUCCAGACGUUGAGCGCGUCCCGUCCCCCACAUGCACGGUGUAAUAUCGGAGCGAGAGAUGCAGGAUAACGAGGCGAGCUUCAUCCAUCAGAUCCUCAGCCUGAAUCUAGUUCCGAGGAGCAACGGGACACUGCGGGGCAACAGCACGUCUCUCAGCGACUUUUCAGGUAUGUGGUGUGGCGUGUUCCUGUGGACCGCCGUUUCCUCGCUCAUCUUCCACCUGCCUGCAGCUCUGCUCUCCCUCGCUGCUCUGCGCCAACACAAGUACGCUCGCUUCAUGCCCAUCACCAUCCUGCUCAUGGGCGUCCUCGGACCGCUCUGUGGGGGGGCCCUCACCAGUGCGGCCAUAGCGGGGGUGUACAAGGCAGCAGGGAAGACCAUGAGUCCUCUGGAGGCCUUCGUCUUUGGUGUUGGACAGUCGUUUUGUGUCGUCUUCAUCUCCUCCGUCCGGAUACUUGCUACUCUUUAGCGACGCGAGACCAUCGUGACCACGUUGUGGGGGUUUGUCUCCCAGAAGAACCUGAACUUCAGAUUCCUGGUGAACGCCUGGAGGACCAGUCCAGCGGCACGCCUUCGAAGAAUGGACAGUGGGACCUGAACGUGUUGGCGCCUAACUUGGCCUCAUGGUGUUCUUGUAGGACAGGAAGAUGCUGCUGGUUCACGUCAGACCUGAGGAGCAGCUGGAGCUUCGUGUAGGAGGCGACUCGUCGGUGCAGGAGUACAGCUUCACUUCCCUCAGGGCCUUAGAACCAACGUGUCACUGAGCUGCGAGUGUUGGACACCAGCUGGACACUAGUCACAGUUGUCCUGGAACCUACAACCUGUCUCAAGAGAACUAGAGCUUUUUUUAGACCCCGGGGACAUUUUGUAAACUCCUAACUGUCCACAGUCCAGUGAGACGCUGUUUGAUCUGAAAUGUGACGGAUGAGAGACGAGUUCUUCUCUCUUCAGGCCUUAACGUCUGUUUUCUAAUGUUCAUCAGUUUGUGAGGAGCGUUUAGUGUCGUAUUCAGGCUGCGGACAUCUAGUGUUGUAGGUGACGGUAGCCCAGGAGGGACAAAUCAAACGCCUUUUUUAGCCGACACUCAGUGGAAGUGGUGCAGCUUCACCACUAGAUGCUCCCCACUGCUCCUUCAUCAUCCUCACCGCGUGUCUGAGUCUUUGCCUUCUUCAUGGACCUGGGUCUGGUCUGGGGUCUGGUCUGGAGUCUG